CCUCCCGUCAGCCUCUUCUUCUCCCCCUGAUGAGCGCUGAGUUCUGUGCUGCCGCUGCUGGUGCUGUGGCCAUGGAGCUCGGAGUCGGGGAUGUGAUGGGGCUGCAGCAAGGCAUCGCCGCCGCCACCGGGCCAUCGUCCGGAGACAGCGACCUGGGUCUUCUCAAGCGAGCAGGCCUCGCCCAGGCAGCCACCUCCUACCCCUCCCCUUUCCUCGACCAACAGAAGAUGCUCAGGUUCUCCAAGGCGGCGGCGGCUCACACGUCGCCCUCAGGCCUAGACUUCGGAGGAGGCCCGAGCGAGCAGGCUUUCCUGCUGUCCAGGACCAAGCGGCCGUUCACUCCGUCGCAGUGGAUGGAGCUGGAGCACCAGGCUCUCAUAUACAAGUAUCUCAAUGCCAAGGCCCCCAUACCUUCCAGCCUGCUCGUUUCCAUCAGCAAGAGCUUCAGGUCAUCCAACAGAGUGAGCUGGAGGCCUCUUUACCAAGGCUACGCAAACGCAGACUCCGACCCAGAACCUGGGAGGUGCCGGCGGACAGACGGAAAGAAGUGGCGGUGCUCCAAGGAGGCGAUGCCUGAUCACAAGUACUGCGAGCGCCACAUCAAUAGGAACCGCCACCGUUCAAGAAAGCCUGUGGAAAACCAACCUAGAAAGGCCACCAAGGAGGUGACUACCGCUGCUGCUGGCUCGUUGCCGUGUGCCGGGCCACAAGGUAGCUUGAAGAAGGCAAAAGUUAAUGACUCCAAGCCAGGCACUGGCAGCUAUUGGACAGAUAGCUUAAACAGGACAAUGCUGAGCAGAGAGAAGGCAAACAAACCGACGGACGACGAGUCUUUGCUGCUUAGUUCGACGAAGAACAGUCAGCCCACCUUGUCCCUGCUCACUCAACUGAAGCAGCAGAACAAACCAGAUAAGUUAGGUCCCACACCGGAAAAUGAGCCGAACUCGGACACGAUGUUGAAAGCCUGGGGUGGCAGCCACCACAAGAGCAUUUCCUCCACACAGCGCCAUGACGCUGAAUCCCUCCAAUCAGUCCUCCAAAAUUUCAGCCUAGCCCAGAAUGACAGGUUGGAGUCAGAAAAGAACAGAUAUUCUGAUUCCGUGCUAGUCUCAUCGGCUUUCUAUUCUGCAGACGGUCCACAAACUACCUGCCUUACACCUAACAUGACACAAGUGCAGCAGGACUGCAUAUCAAGCUCCUGGGAGAUGCCUCAAGGUGGACCUCUAGGCGAGAUCUUAACGAACUCCAAGAUUAGUGAGGACUUAAGCAAGUGUGGAUCUAGGUCAUAUGGUUGGCUAUUGAAUCUUGACCAUGCACCAUGAUUCCUC